AUGGAGCACACGCACGCCCACCUCGCCGCCAACAGCUCGCUGUCCUGGUCCCCCGGCUCCGCCUGCGGCUUGGGCUUCGUGCCGGUGGUCUACUACAGCUUCUUGCUGUGCCUCGGUUUACCAGCAAAUAUCUUGACAGUGAUCAUCCUCUCUCAGUUGGUGGCUAGAAGGCAGAAGUCCUCCUACAACUAUCUCCUGGCACUUGCUGCUGCCGACAUCUUGGUCCUCUUUUUCAUCGUGUUUGUAGACUUCCUAUUGGAAGAUUUCAUCUUGAACAUGCAGAUGCCUCAGGUGCCCAACAAGAUCAUAGAAGUGCUGGAAUUCUCAUCCAUCCACACCUCCAUCUGGAUUACUGUUCCAUUAACCAUUGACAGGUAUAUUGCUGUGUGUCACCCACUCAAAUAUCACACAGUCUCCUACCCAGCCCGCACCCGGAAAGUCAUUGUAAGUGUUUACAUCACCUGCUUCCUGACCAGCAUCCCCUACUACUGGUGGCCCAACAUCUGGACCGAAGACUACAUCAGCACAUCCAUGCACCACGUCCUUAUCUGGAUUCACUGCUUCACUGUGUACCUGGUGCCCUGCUCUAUCUUCUUCAUCUUGAACUCCAUCAUUGUGUACAAGCUCCGGAGGAAGAGCAAUUUUCGCCUCCGUGGCUACUCCACAGGGAAAACCACUGCCAUCUUGUUUACCAUCACCUCCAUCUUUGCCACACUCUGGGCCCCCCGUAUCAUCAUGAUUCUCUACCACCUCUAUGGGGCACCCAUCCAGAACCGCUGGUUGGUGCACAUCGUAUCCGACGUUGCCAACAUGCUGGCCCUUCUGAACACAGCCAUCAACUUCUUCCUCUACUGCUUCAUCAGUAAGCGGUUCCGCACUAUGGCGGGUGGCCCACACAAAAGGCGGUCCCGCAGUGGGGCGCCUGCCACACUCAAGGCUUUCUUCAAGUGCCAGAAGCAACCUGUACAGUUCUACACCAAUCAUAACUUUUCCAUAACAAGUAGCCCCUGGAUCUCACCAGCAAACUCACACUGUAUCAAGAUGCUGGUAUACCAGUAUGACAAAAAUGGAAAACCUAUAAAAGUAUCCCCGUGA